UCUGUGUGUAUUUAAUCUCCUGAAAUGAAGGGGCGGGCUGUUCCUACAUUUCCUCCUCUGACCCUCCGCUACCCCUGCCAACUGGACACGCGUGGGAAACACGCAACAAGCCUCGCUGAGGAAACACCACCAUUAUUUUCUCGCUUGAUUCAAAGGAGAGAUGGGCAAAAUAUAUAAGGAUGAACAAGGCGACUGGAUUACAGUCUGUCUCAAAUACCUCCUCUUUGUUUUCAACUUCCUGUUCUGGAUGGGCGGUGGGGUGGUGAUGGGUGUCGGGAUCUGGACGCUGGUUGAUAAAGGAGAGUACCUGAGUCUUUUGGCCUCCAGCACAUUCGCUGUGUCCGCCUACAUCCUGAUCCUGGCUGGAGGUUUGGUGAUGGUCACUGGUUUUCUGGGCUGCUGCGCUGUCAUACGAGAACAGAGGAGCUGUCUUACUACGUACUUCUCAUGUCUGCUUCUGAUCUUUCUUAUUGAGCUGGUGGCUGGUGUCCUGGCUUAUGUAUAUUACCAGAAGCUGAGUGAAGAGCUGAAGCAGCAUCUUAGCAAAACGAUGACGCAGAACUACGCUCAGCCCGGCAAAGAGAGCAUCACUCAAUCCGUGGACAGACUACAGCAAGAUUUCAAAUGCUGCGGGAGCAACAACUCUUCUGAUUGGACGCACAGCGUGUACAUCAUGUCCGUGCAGGCUCAGUCAAGGUUGGUUCCUGACAGCUGCUGCAAGACCAUAACCCCUCAGUGUGGAAAGAGGGACCACCCGUCCAACAUCUACAAAGUGGAGGGUGGGUGUAUCACUAAACUGGAACAGUUUCUGGCUGAUCAUUUGCUCAUCAUUGGAGCUGUGGGGAUAGGUGUGGCCUGUUUGCAGCUAGUGGGUGCAGUUGUGACUGCCUGCUUUAUUUAUCUGCUUUAUAAAGAAGACGAAGAAGACUACUCUGACGUUUGAUUGGCUAAUGCCAAUUUUUGACUCCCGAACAGCUAUCUGAGGACCAGAUAUGCGGGAUGGUGUUCACCUGUUGCCUUCACAGGCGAAUUAAACUGGACCCAUACUGACCGCUCGGCACUUACAGUGUAUAUGCCUUCACCAACACUCAAACACAGCCGUACAAUUGUGCUUUAAUGCAUGACAAAACACAAAGCUUUAUCAAACCUAACAUACAGUAUGCUACUUUUUAUUAUUCCCAAAGGGAUUGAGGAACAAGCCUGGUGUGCGUGUGCUUGGAAAAUAACAUUUCACUAUGGCCUUCUUAUAAAGUUACCUCCUGUAGUUAAUUAGAUAUUAAAGGAACAGUAUGUAGGAUUGUGGCCAAAACUGGUACUGCAAUCACAAAACUUGUGGCUAAAACUGGUACUGCAAUCACACAACUGGUGGCCAAUACACAAAAUGACAACAUAAACAUCAUUUGAGGGCUGCAACUCCACUUUUUAAAUGACAAUAUCCUGGCCGGACCACUGUUGUCAGUGAUAUAAGUAUUUGAAAUGAAAAUGAUUUCUUAAUGUUUAGUGACAUAUCAGGGCCAUUUUAUGAUUCAUUGAUAUAAAUUUCUUACAUACUGUUCCUUUAAGGAGGCUUUUAGAAAAAAAAACAUGUAUUUUUAAAUGCAGUUAUUUUUUUAUACAGUGUAAAGUAUAAUAUAUAUUCACUUAAUGUUUUUUGUUUAUUUUUUAUAACCAUUUAUGUGCUUUGAUUUGAUUAUAUUAAAAUAUGUUUAAUGUGCUGCUAUCUCAGACAGCAUGUGAUGUGAACAUGCUUAUGGGCACAAAAAAUACACUGGACAAAAUGCUUUGUAAUGCAAAUCAUCAUAUUUUUCUUAACAGGUACAUAAAUGAGUAGCAUGACAUUUGUAGAAAACUAUAUAUACUACAAAGGUCACUUGUUAUAAGCUUCACAAUUUAAUCUCACAACUGACAUUGAUCUAAUAAAAUUGGCCAUGGUCCAUGAUUAUUCACAGUUUUUUACCGUAGUAACUUUCUUUAGCGGUAUUUAGCUCUCAUAAUAAAUAGAUACUGCAUAAGCUUACUUUAUAUUUGCUUUCAUGUCAGUCAGAAAGGCGAAAAUCACAUCUUUAAACAUUGAUAGGAAAAUAACUACCGGCAUGAAUAAAUGCAGUUUUGUACACUUACAGAUGAAAUAAUUUUAAUGGGCACAUCACGUAAUGUUUGCUUGUCUGAGCACCAUUGCAUAGCUGUAAAUCAUAGCAACUAUUAUAUUUUAAUGCCAUUUGAGGAUAAAAAUGCUUUAAACAGUACUAAUUACUGUUUGUUAACCAAUUUCCAGAAUAUUUAUAAAAACAUUUCUGCGCAUAUAAACUCAGCAAAACUGGAAGAAAGUCAAUAGAUAUUAUGCAUUUUCCACGAAUUGUUAUAUAACUGCAUUGUAUGCUGAUUUUAUUUGAAUUCUGUUACAUAUAGACUGAAUGUGUAUGUAUGUUAUAAUGUUACAUUAUCAUUUGCUCUGAUAACAAGACUUAAUAAAAGCCUUGCCUUAGGA